ACUGCCCACUCGCUUUAAAUAUGGCUGAUGUCGCUUGAUGCUGAAUUGAUAUUGAGUUUUCAUUAUUACCACGGACUACAUUUUCGGAGAAGGUCGCUCUGUUUCUCAUCACUGGACGGCAAAUAUUAUAGCGGGGUUUGUGAUGUCUUCUUUGGAUUUUACAAAAGGUUAGAGGUGUUGAAGCUAGUUUUGAAUACUAGCAAAAAAAUGUUACGUUACGUGUGUACAACCUUACUGACGUGAAAUGCUCUUAUGACAGUAUGUAGCUAGCUGGCUAGUUACUGAGUGAAUAACAUUACUUUAAGACAUGCCUUGGCAUUCAAUCGUAUCGAAUAUGUCAGCAAUUACGAACACAGUCUUAGCCCCUUGUUGUCUAGAUAUAUCCUUAUUUUAAUUAAUAAUGCAACGUGACCGUCGCCCGACUGCUGUGUUGAUGCACACUAUAGCAUACACACUGAAGGAGCUGUAGACGUGCAAUUCUCCUAAUGUCGUUCCGCACACUGGGAAAACAUGAUCGGCUCACCAGACGUGGUGGCUUUUACCAAAGAAGAUGACUUUGGAGAGCUCUAUCCGGAUCCGUAUGUCCUCCCAGAGGAGUUUUCCGUGCCUUUGUUUACCCAUGCUACGAAUCCAUGGACGAAGACCACCUACGCUAAAUUUUCCAAGGAUUUUAUCCUCAUCUCCGAGUUCUCUGAACAAGUGGGUCCACAACCCCUGCUCACCAUUCCAGAUGACUCAAAAGUAUGUGGAACAUUUGACCUUAAUUAUUUCUCACUGCGCAUCAUGUCUGUGGACUACCAAGCUUCAUUCGUUGGGCACCCUCCAGGGUCCAACUACCCAAAGCUCAAUUUUGUGGAGGACUCUAAAGUGGUUCUGGGGGACUCAAAGGAGGGUGCCUUUGCCUAUGUUCAUCAUCUGACCUUGUAUGAUCUGGAAGCUCGGGGCUUUGUCAGGCCAUUCUGCAUGGCGUACAUCUCUGCAGAUGAAAGAAAGAUCAUGCAGCAGUUUCAGAAGCUCUCCUCUGAGUUCUCUAAAGCCUCAGAGUGUUUGAAAUGUGGGAACCGAAAAGCUUUUGCAAACGAACUGCUGAAGAAACUGAAAGAUCUAGAGUAUACCAGGUCAGUAGUCCACAAAGAGGCUGAGUUGCAAAAGAUGAACAAUGGCUGCUACUCCACACAGGCCAUUGAGAAAGCUAAUGAAUUGGCUAAUGUCGAAAAGUCCAUAUAUGAACACAAAGACUUGUUGAGGCAGAUCACGUCUUACCCCAGCAGAAAGAGGAAAGACCCUGAAUGUGUUUCAUUUGAACCAGAGAAACCCAUCGACACGAGCGAUGUAGACCUUGCACUCUCAUCCAUACCUUCUGACCUCGAAGACAAGACAGCAGCAGGAGACGAGGCUGACCAGAGACCGUCUUACAUACCUCAACUCAUCAAAGCAAAAUCUGCUAAAUGUUUUGACAAGCGACUGAAAACACUGGAGGAGCUUUGCGAAUCCACUUUUUUCCAUCAGACUAUGGAUCAACUGAAACUCAUUGAACAGUCUUUCAGAGGGGAUCUUUGCUACAUAUACACCAGUCAGAUAGACCGAGCUUUGGUCCGGCGGCAGAAAGUAACCAAUUUUCUCUUUGAGGAGGAAGAGGGAUGGCAAGAAGAGGGACCCACAAAGCAGUAUGAGGCAGCUGGUCUCCCUGUAGUGAACCAACCACCCUCGAUGUCCGACAUGUGUGCAGAACCGAUGAGCCUGGAAUCGUAUUCAUCCUGUGUGGACACCAUUCAAAUCAAAACAGAGCCUGAAUUGGCAGAGGGCCCCCCAGAGUCCAGCCCCUCCGAUUUCACUCAGGAAACCUCUGAGGAAGCCGCUGACACAGAAACAAAAGGGAGCUUCAGUAGUGACCGAAGCAUAGAGGCUAUAAGCCCAGGCAACCUACAGAUGCAAUAUCAAGAUACUGUAGAAGUGGGGACAAGCGCUGGCAUUGAGGAAUGUACUACCAUAGCUGACAGUGCAUUUUUGGACCAGGGUGCAGCUGACUCCUCCAGUCUAUAUUAUGAAAUGCCCUCUGUUCAAACUGGGACAGAUGGAGGCGUCAGUACAUUUCCUUUAUUAGAAAAUGACAUGGCCAUGAACCAUGCUGCUGUCACGUACCAAACUGGAAGCAUUGUUCAAGUGGAUACUGCCUGCUGUAUGGGGCAGGAGGGUUUCAUCAGUGAGGAGCCCUUGUCCAAGCCGCCGCACGAUGGCUGUGGGGACAUGGUGGUGAAACAUGAACCUCUGUCUUUGCUCCAGAGGGACCCUGCACUCCAGGGAGACUAUGUUUUAGGUGAGCCUGCCUUAGAAAGCCCUUGCACGGGACUGUCUCUCCCUGAGCUCAACUCAAACACACUCUCGGAGGAGAUGGCCAGGAUUAAUGUCGAGGACGCCUCUGAUACUACCAGCUACAUGAGCACGUCCACCAGUUCGGACCGGGCACCGUCACCAUUCUGCCAUGGUGACCCAGUCACCCUGAAACAGAAGAAGAGGGCAGGGCAGAGCACCCUGAAAUUCAUCCGGCAAUACCCCUUUGCGCAGCAAGCCAUAUUCUGCCUCCUGAGCGGACGGACUCUAGUGGUGUUAGGAGCCGAGGAAGGCACGGUGAGGAAGCUGGUCAACGCGUUGUCUAUUUUUGUGCCCAACCUUGGGAAAUAUGGAGAAACUGUACAGCCUUGGCUCUCGACACCGUUUCAACUGACUGACCUACACAGAUGGAAGCUCAUUGGUCUUCAGAGGAUGGCAUCACCCACAGGAUCCAGCAUUCUCCACUCUCUGAGCCGCUAUAGUCGUUACAUAGGCAUUCUGGACACUGACAACAAGACAAUGCGGUGCCCUCCGUACAAAGGCACUCUGCUCGGCCACAUGGCCGACCACAGGACUCAGAUCAAGAGGGGAAGCACUUACUUCCUCCACGUCCAGAGCAUGCUGACCCAGCUCACCGCCAAGGCAUUUCUUUUCACGUUCUGCCACCACCUCCAUCUCCCUGUCGGUUCGGAGGAUGAAGACUCCGUCGUGGCGCGCAGGACUAGCUUUUUGCAUCAUCUGGGCUACAGCGAGGAGGAGAGCAAAAUCGUUCACUUCUUAAGUGAGCUCAUCAAACAGCAUUACAUUCAGGGGCCUUCCAAGGGAACCAGCCAAUCAGUCUUGCGUUUUAAUUACACCACCAGCUAUUUGUACAAGAUCUAAUUUUGAAUGUGUCCUUGUGCUCAAUCGAGAUGCUUGUGUUUACCCCCAUCUUGAAAUCAGGAGACCAAGAAAUUGUGAGCGUGAUUUUAUUUAAUUUGCAUCCCAUUUUAAAGGAGAUAUAUUUACAGGUAUUCCAGCAAAAAAAAAAAAAAAAACAUGGCUGCUUUAAACAGUCAAUCACCAUAGUGAUUUUGAGCAUCUCUUUUACACUGUCAUAAGUGUGUUAUUUGCUGACCGGUUCACACUAAUGCUUUUAAUGUAUGAAGCUUUCGGAGGGCUGUGCAUUGGAGAGGAAUGAGGAAAGGAGAGCAAUGUUCUUCUGUGCUCUUGAUGUGUCAGUUGUUUCACUGCACUCAGCAGCCGAAGUAACUAGCCCAGUACAUUGCACUCACUAUUGAAAGCACAAGUGGAUAGAGUAGUGUUUCACUCUAUUUAUGUGUGUAAUCAGUGGAAUUUACGUCAUGACUGACAUUGACUUCCUGUGCCAAUGGGAAAAACACAGGUCAUGUAAUGGUAAUCUAUGAUCUCAGCAAGUCUUUUGGGAAGGACAUUUGGUAUGUUUCUGGUGGGGGGUGAACCAUUUUCACAGCUGUCCAAGUCUGCACAAGCUUUUGCCUUUUUAACUACUCCUAACUGCUGUAAUGGAUAUUUUAAAUUUAAAGGUUAUAUUUUUUACAGCUUUCUUUUGAAUGACCAUUAAGUGAAUUUAUGCAGAGCAAUGUUUUACAGAUCACUAUACUCACAUGACACUCUUCUGAUCAGCCUAAGAUAUUACUGUUGGCCUUACUUUUUCAUACAGAUAUAUAGUAUGUCAUCAUAAAUGGAUAUGAACUUCUAUAAAUAUUUUAAUUUUAAAAACAAAUGGUUUACUGCCCAACAACAACAAAAAACUUAAGUCAUCUUAGCUGUCACCUGAUUUUGUUUUUAUUUUUUUUUCCCCUCCAUUUCUCUAAUCAUGUCUCCUUUUAAGAACAAAGCCAUGCAGUACACCCUGAUAUGAUGUUGAAUCAUACAAAACAAAUUACUUACUCUUGAAAUGUCAAUAAUUGAUUAUUGAAAUGUAUCAUUGUAAACUCCAUAGAUCUCUACAACUAUUCAAUGGCACUGUGCAACAUUAAUUUCUGCUUUCUGAUAAGGACCGAAUUGGAUUAGUGACAAAAAGCUGGGGAGGCACAUGGACCCUCCUAUCUCACUAUGCCUAUCAGUCCGGCCAGGGUUUAAGGCAAACAGAAUAGGUUGAGUAACCAAUUUACCCUCUGAUGUAAUCAGGAUACAAAGGAACAGGUAUGUUAUGCAUGAAAUACAUGAAUAGGGUACAUCUGUUACGCAAAAUGUUGCAUGUUUGGAGAAGCAACUUUUUCCAGUGGGGAAAAAGUACAUUCCUGUUUCCAUCGUACCUUAUUGUCGUGAAUAUUCAUCCAAUGAAGCACUCACUGUUGAAUUUGAUAGUCGUUGUCCAAGAAUUGUGACGUCAGCAUGAGUACAGACAUGGAAUAAUUGGUACAUCAUUAUGCUGGAUGUUUUGAGCUGAUAUUUUGUGAGGUAAAUUUAGUUGUGGCCAGAAGUCAAGGCACUGUAUGUAAAUGUUUGCAUUGGUUAUGUUUCAAUCGUACCAUGGCUUAGGCUAUUCGUUUUGACGCAAUUACGACUAUAGGACCACUAAAAGGACUAUACAAGCAUAAGUCUGAACAAAAUUCACUAAGUGUUAAAAAGCCAUACUAGUAAGCAUGUCACAUUUUUUUCUGCCAUCUUUAAUUUACCUUUUCCCCUAUGUAGCCCAUCCUUCAUGCUGUUGCCUUGUAUCCAAGUUGAUGUUAUGUUAUGAUUGUGAAAAUAUUGUGAUUUUGAGUUGGAGAUACUUGAUAUGUGAAUCGUAAGCCUUGUAUGUGUCCAGUGCGGGUUAAAUAGUUACUCAUUUUGUCUCAGUCCAUGGAUGUCUAUUCCACUGUGAAAUAAUCAGUACUAUCUACCAACUUUUCAUUAAAAAACAAACCCGAUUUA